AGACCGCGCAGUGGCCACUCUCCUGCGUAUUUACUAACAAAAUUACCUGUUCUUGGAGAAGUUCUUGCAAAUCAAUUAAACUGGGCCUUAAAUGGCCGUGCAAUAAAUAAGUGUGCAAUAGCAAUAAGCACCGAUCGAUAAACGGCGAUCGGCGGCCAAGAAGAACGGCGAACAGCUGGCGCAGACGGAGACACAUUCCAAUGCACUUUCUCCCGCAGAAAACCCGUCGAGCGGCUUAUUUGACAUCCAUUUCGAUAUCAAUACAGAGAAAUAGAGAGAAAUAGCGAGCAAUAGAGGCCACAGCACCUGCGUGGCUCUGUAGCGACAGCAAGAACAACCAGCCACCAGUCGAUUGCCAUCGUCUUGGCCACUUUUAUUGGGCUUUAUAGCCCGCAGUCAGUCACAUACCGCCCGUUCUCGAGUUCGCCACGAUUCUUUAACAGCGUUUCUCAGUUUGCGGAGCACUCCCCAGAAAUCGUAAUUUGCAUAUUAAGAACCGGAGAUAUAUGCUGAGAUUCCGACUGGGCGUAGCAUGUUCAACGAACUGAGUCAGCCGCCUUGAAAUUCUGCGCUGAAAACAAAACAGGCUUGGAGGGAUGGCUUCGAUUGUGGAGAAAGUGCGUCGCGUCUUGGACGCCAAAGAUCUGGGCGACAUCACCACGGAGCUGUGCGACUUUUCUCUGAAAGAACAGAAUGCCACCGCCGAGGCCCAGGGAGUACAGCCCUCGUCAGCCUCCGAUUUCGUGCCCAUUCUCGGCCAGACAGUCACCUACAUUGUGGCCUGUGUGCUGAUCAACGAGCACGACGAGCUGCUCAUGAUCGAGGAGGCCAAACAGAGCUGUGCAGGCAAGUGGUACUUACCCGCCGGCCGCAUGGAGCGGGGCGAGUCCAUCACUGAGGCAGCCGCCCGGGAAGUCUUCGAGGAGACCGGUCUGAAUGCCGAGCUGACCACUUUACUGGCCGUAGAGGCUGCUGGUGGCUCUUGGUUCCGCUUCGUGCUCACGGGACGCAUCACCGGCGGGCGACUUAAAACGCCAGCGGAUGCAGACGCCGAGUCCAUCCAGGCGAGGUGGGUUCGCAAUCCCAAGGAGGUGCCUCUGCGAGCCAACGAUAUACUCAACAUCAUUGACAUUGGUCGAGCCUACCACCAGGGGCAGAAAGUCGCUAUUACCCCUUCGCCCUGGCACGGCAACAUACUGCCCACACGCUACUCCCACAAGCGGAACUAUCUGCGGGUACUGGCCGUGGCUCGGAAGCGGGCUCACAACUCGCUAAACAUCCUGGUAAGCGAGAAGAAUGCCCACCACUUCCCCACGGUAGAACUGCAUCCGAAUCGCAGCCUGCACUCCACACUGCGCAAAUUUAUGAUUGAGAUUUUUGGCGCGGAGCUGCCACAGCACAGACCUCAUGGUUUACUUAGUGUUGAACACUCGCCUUCGGAGCAGGAGAACAAGGAUGGUAUAUGCCUGAAUCUGCUGGUUGCCUUCAGACCGCCCCUGGAGGAAAUCUCGCUAAUCGGCAAGUGCAUUUGGCAGGAGCUCGGAGCACCACUCGAUGAGAUGUUAGGACGCAUUGUCAGCAGCAAGAACGCCUCCAUUCCGCUCAACGUUGUGCGCUAAAUGCCUUGUAGUUUAAAACUAGAGUAAUCUGUCCUUAUCUAUGGUGCAAGCAAUCUAUCCGUUAUUAGUUGCAAUUAAAGAUAACCCCGACAGAUGUCUGCCAGAUAUCCGACUGUUACGUAAUCAUGUUUCCAUUUUACGGUGCUAAUUAUAGGAUUGCGUAGGUUAGUCUCGAGCUAACAUACGCUAAUCUGUCAUUAAAUGUCAAGAAGAUAUACAUAGUACUAAACAAUCCCGCUACCCGUUUCUUGGUGAAAGAUCUAAUCUUGUUUAUCCUAGUAGUUACAAAGAAAACGUUUUUACUAUUAUAUAGUAUCAAUUAAAAUAUUAUCAUUUUAAUGCGAA